CCGGUCCGGCCUGGCCAUGGGCGUCGGCCUGGCCGCGGGCUCGGUGCGCGUACGCUACCUCGUGUACUUCCAGUACUUGGGCACAGACUUUAACGGAGUAGCGGCCGUCAGGGGUGCCCAGCACGCCGUCGGGGUCCAGAACUACCUGGAGGAGGCCGCAGAGCGGCUGAACUCGGUCGUGCCUGUCAAGUUCACCAUCUCCAGCCGUACGGAUGCUGGAGUCCACGCCCUAAGCAACGCGGCGCACUUGGAUAUCGAGCGCCGCUCAGGCCAGCCACCCUUCACCCCUGAGGAGCUGACGGAGGCCCUCAACACCCACCUGAGGCACCCGGCCAUCCGGGUACUGCAGGCUUUCCGUGUGCCCAGUGACUUCCAUGCCCGCUACGCAGCCACGUCCAGGACCUAUCUGUACCGCCUGGCUACUGGCUGCCCCAGGCCUGACCAGCUGUCUGUGUUUGAACGAAACCGGUGCUGGGCACUGCGGGCAGACUGCUUGGAUGUGGCUGCCAUGCGGGAGGCCGCCCAGCACCUCCUGGGUACACAUGACUUCAGUGCCUUCCAGUCGGCGGGCAGCCCAGCCGCCAGCUCAGUGCGCACACUGCGUCAAGCCUCAGUGUCUCCCGAUCCAACCAGCCCCUUUGUCCUCCCCCAGGAGAGCAGGAAGCUGCAGUUCUGGAGCCUGGAGUUUGAGAGCCAGUCUUUCCUGUACAGACAGGUGCGGAGGAUGACAGCUGUGCUGGUGGCUGUGGGGCUGGGGGCUUUGACACCUGCUCAAGUUAAAGCAAUUCUGGAGAGCCGGGACCCCCUGGGCAGACACCAGACCCGUGUGGCCCCAGCCCAUGGCUUAUUCCUGAAGUCAGUGCUCUACCCGGACCUUGGGUCUGCCCCCAUGCAGCCUCAUGCGCCCUCCGAGUCCACGGCACAGAAGUCCUGACAACCCCCGGAUGCCCAGACAAGGUCACAGCAGCCAUGGCGUGCUAGGCCCAGCUGCUGGACCCUGCCCCAUCUGCACACCAUUGUGCCAGGCUGGAGCCAGCCCUGUGUUAUCCUGGGGCCACAGCAGGCCCCCUGCCUCCUGUCAGUCUGUGCUUGCCCCAAGUUCCCACCUCCCUAGGCACCUGCAGGAGAUAGGUGCAAGCACCAGGAAGGGAGACACCCAGGCAGCCUGUGGUUCUGUUUUUAAUGGAAAUCAGUACCCCGGGAGCCCCUAACCAUCUUCCGGGGGCCCAGGAGUAGAAAUAAAAGGUGAAGAGGC